UAAAUUGACUUUUUCUCUUGGAUUCUCUCGUCUUUUAAAUGCGUUCCCUCUGAUCAGUUCCAGAGUCCAAACCGCUCACGUCCCGGAGAUACAGCGAGAAACGCAUCUGAGCCGGCUGAGCACGAGACAAAAACAAACGGAUUCCCCCAUUCAUAUUUGUUGGGUAUAUGUCUCUUAUCAAAAUAGAAUCUUGAAGAAAGCAAGGGAAAGUUUUACAGUUUUCUUUUGGCGAAAGAUGAAGUUUUGCAAAAAGUAUCAGGAGUACAUCUACAUGCAAGGCCAAAAGGAAAAAAUACCUUGGCUCGGCUUGAAGCAGCUAAAGAAGAUAUUGAAGAAGUGCCGGAGCGAUCUCCAGUCUGAGAACGGGAUUAAUGGUGUCCAUGACAACCAAACAUGCCCUGACCAUUGCCCUGUCUGCGAUGGAACCUUCUUUCCUUCUCUUCUCAAGGAAAUGUCUGCAGUAGUAGGUUGCUUCAAUGAGCGUGCGCAGAAAUUGCUUGAGCUAAAUCUUGCUUCUGACUUUCGGAGGUACUUAAUCUGGUUCAAAGGCAAGCUACAAAACAACCAUGGUACCUUAAUCCAAGAAGGAAAGGACCUUGUUACUUAUGCACUGAUCAACGCCAUUGCAAUUAGAAAAAUUCUGAAGAAAUAUGAUAAGAUUCAUUACUCUAAGCAAGGUCAGGCAUUCAAAUCACAAGCGCAAAGCAUGCAUAUUGAAAUUCUUCAGAGUCCCUGGCUCUGUGAGCUCAUGGCUUUCCACAUCAAUUUAAGGAAAAACAAAGUGGAAACUAGCAGGGCACUGGCAUUGUUUGAGGGCUGUGACCUCACAUUCAAUGAUGGCAAACCAUCACUUAAUUGUGAGCUUUUUGAUUCUGUCAAAGUUGAUAUCGACUUGACUUGUUCAAUAUGCUUGGAUACAGUCUUUGAUGUGGUUUCCCUCACUUGUGGCCAUAUAUUCUGCUUCGUGUGCGCUUGCUCAGCUGCAGCAGUGAACAUUGUCGACGGACUAAAGACAGCAAAGCCUAACGCCAAAUGCCCUCUUUGCCGAGAAGCUGGAGUUUAUGAAGGUGCUGUACAUUUGGACGAACUUAAUAUUCUGUUAAGCCGCAGCUGCAGUGAAUACUGGGAGGAGCAGCUUCAGUCAGAAAGAGCAGAGAGGAUUCGACAAACAAAAGAGCACUGGGAGAAUCAUUGUCGGGCGUUUAUGGGUGUCUAAUUAGGCAGGGCUAGAUGGGAAGAGAGUGUGGAUCAGCUACUUAACAGCCUUCCAUUCCCCGUUCACAAGUGAUUUUUAUAAUAUGAUGACAUGAUCAUUUUCUUUCUUGCUCGUCCCCUUAUUCCAGACAAACAGGAAGGAGUCCGAGAAAUUAUAGACGCCUUUGAUCUUCUUAUGUUUCUUGUAAAAUGUGUAAAUAGAUUGUUGUUAUAAUAUUUGAUUUUAUUGGAAUGGUUUCAGAUGGUCUUUGCUUAA